GCUGUUGUUCAAAUCCUCUUCUUUACAUCACUAGCAAAUGUUUCAUUUCUUUUUUAUGUAUUUUAUCAAAUUUCAAAGAAAUUUGUUUAUUGAACUACACUUACGCUACGUAUUUGUUCCUUUCAAACUUACUCCGAUCCUCCUACUUACCUCUGACGGUUAACCUAACUGCUAACUGUUGUAGUACUGGUCUGUUGUGUUAUUUUUCUGCUAACCUCAAGUCUUCCACAAAGAUAUGUCACUGCAAGGGCCUUUCAUUUCACUUCGUUUUAGAUAUGAUCAAGGAAUUAAUACACCAGAUUAAACCAAGUUUUUUCCAACUUUUAAAAUGGCUCCAACUUCGACUACUCCAUCUGGGGCAACAGACCCUCAAACUCAAAUGAAUACCUAUAGAUCUUUUGUAACUAUGCUGGGUGACCCCAAAGCAAAAGAAGAAAUUAAAUUAAAGGCUGCUCAAGAGCUAAGUGAAAAUUUUGAGGUAAUAAUUUCUUCAUCACAAUAUUCAACAUUUUUGGACCACACUCUUCCAAUAUUCAUAAAAAUUCUCCAAGAAGGAGAGCCGCAUUUCAUUGCUGAGUACAAUGUUCAGCAAAUUCGGAAGCUUCUGCUUGAGAUGAUUCAUCGUUUGCCAACAAGUGACCAUCAGCGUGAGCAUUUGCGCCCUCAUCUUGAAUCUAUAAUCAAAUUGAUGUUGGAUCUUAUGAGAGUAGAUAAUGAAGAAAAUGUUUUGGUUUGUCUACGAAUAAUAAUUGAACUACAUAAACAGUUCAGACCACAAUUCAACCCUGAGAUUCAGCGGUUUUUGAACUUUGUUAAGAAUAUCUACAAACUAUUGCCUACCCAUCUGAAUAAAAUAUUUGAGGCUCGGCCCCCUAUGCGAGUAAAAGAUAUUAAUGAAAUAAACCUUCUAAAUCUGCUUGCUGAAACAUUUACUGCCACCACAAUUCAAAGUGAAAAAAAAUCUCAAGACGGAUCAGUCAUAUCAUACAAUUUAAUACCAAAGGCUAUUCUUUCUCUUAAAGUUCUUCAAGAGCUACCUAUUAUUGUUGUAAUCAUGUAUCAAUUAUACAAGCAAAAUGUUCAUCAAGAUGUAGCAGAAUUCAUUCCACUUAUAAUGCGGACUAUAACUCUUCAGCCUUCUCCCCAAGUCAGGGAGAGCCCAACUUUCAAUAAAGAAGUUUUUGUUGACUUCAUGGGAGCUCAAAUCAAAACAUUGUCAUUUCUAGCUUAUAUGGCUCGUAUUUAUCAGGGUGAAGUUACAAGGGAAGCACCCCUGUUAGUUAAAGGCAUGUUAGGUCUGCUUUCUCACUGCCCCAUGGAAGUGGCAUACCUUAGAAGAGAUCUUCUUAUAGCUGCACGUCACAUCUUAAACACUGACCUACGUCUAGAAUUUGUACAUGUCAUGGAAAAGCUGUAUGAUGAAAAUAUUCUACUUGGGAAAGGUUGGACCACAUAUGAAUCACUUCGUCCAUUGGCCAACAGUGUCCUUGCUGAUGUAGUUCAUCAUGUGCGGCAACGUUUGUCAUUGGUUGACCUAGCUAAGGCAGUUCAUAUUUUUUCCAUGAAUGUUCACGAUGAAACACUUCCUGUUUCAAUCCAAACCAUGUCGUGCAAACUUUUAUUGAAUUUGGUUGACUGUAUUCGCCUCCGGGGCGACUCAGAUAGUCAAAGUGCCACAUCUCGUGAACUUCUCAUGCGAAUGCUAGAGGUUUUUGUUCUAAAAUUCAAAACUAUUGCUAAGCAGCAGCUGCCUGUUCUAGUUCGGAAUAAUACUAUGGCUGUUAAAGCCAAUGCUCCUCAAAGCUCACAAGGUACCUUAGGAGCAGUUGCAAAUUCUGGAGUGCAAGCACCUGGUACUCCUACUCGCCCUCCAGCACCCUCUACACCAGGGACUCCCACUGCCUCAACACCUUGUGUUGAUGUGAAGCCUGUGAUACAUCCAUUGCUUAAUUUAGCAGAUGGGGCUCGUCUGAACAUUAAACCUGAUCCAGAUAAAGACAAAACCAAGUUUGGCUUUCCAGUAUCACAGGCCAGCUCAUAUACAGUAGCAGAUUGCCGUAGUUUGGUCAAAACAUUGGUUGGAGGAGUGAAAACAGUAACCUGUGGUUGUGCUGUUUUAAGGUCCACCCAAGUGGGUGUUGCGGUGGAGGGAAAUGCUCCUCGCCCAUUUUUGCCAUUUCAACCCAAGGAAACUCUUCUUUUCAUUCGACUUGUAAAAUGGGCAUUACAAGCACUUGAUGUAUAUACACUUCCAUUAGCACCAGGCAUGGCUGCUGUUCCUGUUGGUGUUCAGAGACCUAUCAAUUUACCUAAUGUCCGUACAAAAGAAGAAAAGGAAGUCCUGGAGCAUUUUGCUGGUGUUUUUUCUAUGAUGCAUCCUCAGACAUUCCAGGAGAUUUUCUCAAAUACUAUUGACUACAUGGUUGAUAGAAUAUAUAAUAAUUUUGCCCUGCAAAUUAUUGGGAAUUCUUUCCUUGCUAAUCCAACAACAUCACCAAUAUUUGCCACCGUGCUUGUUGAAUACCUUUUGCAGCACAUGGCUGAGAUGGGCAGCACCGUUGAAAGAUCCAGUCUAUACCUGAGACUUUUUAAACUUGUCUUUGGUUCAGUUUCACUCUUCCCAGCUCAGAAUGAACACAUGCUGAAGCCACAUCUUCACCAAAUUGUGAACCGGUCAAUGGAGUUAGCAAUGACAGCUAAAGACCCUUACAACUAUUUUUUGCUAUUGAGAGCUUUGUUCCGAUCCAUUGGUGGAGGAAGUCAUGACCUACUCUAUCAAGAAUUCCUUCCAUUAUUGCCAGAUCUUCUCCAGGGUUUGAACUCACUGCAAUCUUCUCAUCACAAACAGCAUAUGAAAGAUCUGUUUGUUGAGCUCUGUCUAACCGUCCCAGUUCGACUAAGUUCGUUGUUACCAUACUUACCCAAGUUAAUGGACCCUUUGGUUUCUGCAUUGAAUGGAUCUCCAACAUUAAUUAGUCAGGGAUUGCGCACAUUGGAGCUUUGUGUAGAUAAUUUACAACCAGAUUUUUUGUAUGAACACAUACAACCUGUGCGAGCAGAUUUGAUGCAAGCUCUGUGGAGGACUGUAAGGAACCCUACUGACAAUGUUGCAAAUGUAGCCUUCAGAGUUUUGGGGAAAUUUGGUGGAGGAAAUAGGAAAAUGAUGACUGAACCACAGAAACUUGAAUUCAGUACAAGGGAUUCUCCAGGACCAGCUAUUGUAGCCACCUUCCCUGAGUACAGUAAACAUGUUGAAAUUCCUGUAGAAAAGGUUAUUGAAUCUGCUCUAGGAGCACUAAAACACUCCAAUACUGACUCAUUUUAUCGAAGACUUUCAUGGGAUGUAAUCCGCUGCUUUUUAGUAGCCAGUCUCCAUGUUGAUGAUGAUAUGAGGUCAAUGCAGCAGCUGUUUUCCCAUCAAGGGUUUACUGACAGGCCCAUAAUAACCAAUCAGGGUCCACCAUACAAAAUGGCUGAUCAGCAGACACGUCAGAUUUAUCAGACUGCCCUUACAGGAAUGUUUGUAGCUGCAGCAAUAAAAGAAUUAAGGAAGGACGUCUUGCCUACUAUGGUUUCCCUUGUGCGACAUUGUACUAUGGUAUCCAUUGCUCAAACGGCAGGUCCCUCUGGAACUCCUGAGGGAGGACCAGGGAUUUCUAAUCCAAAUGGCUGGGGUAGAGAAGGAAUGGAUGCAAUGGUGCUUUUGGAUGCUCUUGCUGUAAUUAUGGGCCAUGAAGAAAAGGAAUUGUGCAAGCCAGGCCGUUUAGCUUUAGUCCUAAUUUUACAAACAGCUAUAAAUAUUUUAGGCUCAAAAGAACGGGCUUGCCGUCUCCCUAUGAUGGAGUAUUUAGCGGAACGUAUGUGUUCCCUUUGUUAUGACCGAGCGUGGUAUGCCAAGUUAGGUGGGUGCAUAGCAAUUAAAUUUCUUGUGGAGAGAAUGGCCCUUCGAUGGGUUUUUGAGCAUCUUUUCCAGUUUGUGAAGGCUCAACUCUUUGUCAUGAUGGACCUUACAGGGGAGGUUUCAACUGGAGCAAUUGAUAUGGCAAAGUCCAACCUUGAAAAGAUGUUGGCACAGUGCGCUAAACCAGUCGAGUCUGAUGGAACAAAUGAUGAAUUAAUCAAUGCCCAGCGUAAAAGUGUUUUGGAGGUGACUUACGAACUUGUUCGCCAAGUCACAAGCCCCACUGAUUCUCUACGUGAACAGAGUAUGACAUUACUAAAAAUCUUAGCUGAAGCUCAAGGGAAAACUGUCGUUGAAGUAAUGGAACCUCACAAGGAUGUUCUUGCUGAUAUGAUUCCACCCAAAAAACAUCUCUUAAGGCAUCAAGCAGCCAAUGCACAAGUGGGCCUCAUGGAAGGAAACACGUUCUGUACCACCCUUAGUCCUCGUUUGUUUACUAUUGAUCCCACUAUCGUUGAACACAAAGUCUUCUUUCAUGAAGUAAUGGCUCUCUGUGAAGCAGAAGAUGCACAGUUACAGAAAUUAGCAUGUUACAAAAAUGUCAACAACCUUGCACCACUUCGCCGUGCUGCUCUGCGAGCUCUAGCUGCUUGUCAUUACCUAGAAGAUAAAAGGGAGAAAAUUUUUCAAGCAUUAUUCAAAGCCCUUGAUUGGCCUCAGCCUGAGCUCCAAGAUGCAGCAUUUCAGUGUAUGCAAAGUUUUGUGGAAGGAUUUAAAGUUGAUAUGGAAAUGGUUCAUGGGGUGAUGCGUCCACUUUUGAUGUCUCUUAAAGACCACAGGCAAUUGACACUCCGUGGACUCCGCAAGCUUUUGUACCUCGUGAAACUUUUUCCUUCAAGCUUCAAAGAAACAUUGGCUGAGAAGUUGAUACAUCACUUACAGACACUCUUUGAGGCCCUUGGAACUGCUUACAGAAAUGGAGACAUUAAAGGUCUCUCCAAGGAUGGUGAAACGGAGCAGAAAGUUAUAACUAUUAUGGGAAUCAUUGAAUGUAUCCCAACCAGUGAGGGGCCACAAACAAGACUUGUUUCAAACAUAGUGAAACUUGUUCUACAACUUGAAAAACAAGUGAAUAUGGAACCAGCUUCUCCUCUCCGUGAACCCCUUAUGAAAGUUCUUCUCAGAUUUGCAAAAGUUGCUACCGACGUUUUCUUGAGUGAUGAGUUUAUGAAGGACCGUCAAAAAAGUCGAUACCUAGAAUAUUUGAUCAAACAUCCAGAAGGGAAACUCUUUCGCACACACCUUCAAAACAAUUCCAGAAGACUGCAGGAGCUUUGUUUUGGCCGCCAGCAAUCUCAGGUUGCAGCUGCUGUUCAAGCAGCUCAGCCUGGUCAAGCUACUCUAGAUAAAUCAGAACUACGAUAUCAGAGUGUUCGAAUAACAGCUCUUCUAAUGAAGCAAGACGACCAGUGGCUGGCAACCCAACAAGGACUUGUUGAAACUUAUCAAAAAAUUUGGUGCUCUGAUGAUUACUUGGACACACACAAAUCGAUUGAUGGAUUGGAUGCUCUCCACUGGAAGGAACCAAAGCUCCUUUGCAAGAUACUACUGCAUUAUUUCCGUCACCAUCCCAAUGAAAUCAGCCUAUUGUUCCAACUGUUAAGGGCUACAACGGCUCGCUAUCUCCCGGAUUUUCAGUUCCUCCGCGAUUUCCUGGAGAAUACUGUAGCUCAGAGCUAUACAGUGGAAUGGAAAAGAUCUGCAUUUUUUAAGUUUGUGGAAAUAUUUCCACAACCAAACCUUUCACCUGAACUGAAGAGUAAAAUACUUCAACUGAUUCUUAUCCCUUGCUUUGCUGUGAGCUUUGAUAGAGGUGAAGGGGAUAAAUUAGUUGGAAGUACACCAACCCCUGAGCAGGAUCAUCCUGAGAAUAUAGUCUCUGUUUUCAUAACAAAGGUUAUUGACCCAGAAAAUUCUGCAUGUUCAUCAGACUGUGUCAGAAUUCUCUUGCUUCAGCUGUCCUGCUUGCUUGUUGAGCAAGCAUCUGCCCACAUUCAUGAUGCUGGAAACAAGAAGCAGGGAGCAAGACUUCGUCGCCUAAUGACGUUUGCCUGGCCAUGUCUUCUAGGCAAGAGCUGUGUGGACCCAGCGACCCGAUAUCAUGGUCAUCUUCUUCUGUCGCAUAUUAUUGCUCGUUUUGCUAUCCACAAGCGAAUAGUGCUUCAAGUAUUCCACAGCUUACUAAAAGCACAUGCUGUUGAAGCAAGAUCAGUUGUCCGCCAGGCUCUUGAAAUUCUCACACCUGCAAUGCCUGUUCGUAUGGAGGAUGGUAAUACGAUGCUCACGCACUGGACCAAGAAAAUUAUUGUUGAAGAAGGACAUUCAUUACAACAACUUUUCCAUAUUCUUCAGUUGGUGGUCCGCCAUUACAAAGUCUAUUAUCCUGUACGUCAUGCUUUAGUUCAAAACAUGGGUGACUCCAUUCAACGAUUGGGUUUAAGCCCUACUGCUACAUUUGAACAGCGCAAACUAGCAGUUGAUCUAGCUGAAGUUAUUAUUAAGUGGGAGUUGCAGAGGAUAAAGGAAGAGGCUGAAACUCAAGAGCAAAACUUGCUGACUGGAGUAGUGAAGCGACCAUCCACAGAAGACCCUAAUGAGCCGAAUCGCAAACGUUUAGCUAUAGGAAACGGCGCCAGUCCAUCGACUGCUGUACCAACUGGUGCUGAGAGCACCUCUCAAAGUAGUGCAGAGCCUGGUAGUACCAAACCUAUCGAUAGGCAACACGCUGAUGCUGUCAUCAAUUUUCUUCUUCGUCUUGCCUGUCAAGUGUGCUCCCCUGCCGAGUCAAAUGCUGCUGCAGCAGCCGCUGCCGCUGCCGCCGCCGCCGCAGCUGCGCAAGCGCAAGCUCCAGCGGCUGCAGCUGCAGCUGCUGCAGCCGCUGCGGCGGCCGCAGCUGCUGCUACUAGUGCGGCUGUUGGAGGCACCCCAGGAGAGCAGUUGUCUAGGAGGUGUGUUAAUCUGAUCAAAACUGCAUUGAAGCCGGAUAUGUGGCCUCAUGAGUGUGACUUGAAACUGGCUUGGUUUGAUAAAGUGUUGUGUACCUUAGAAAGUGCUAAUCCACAUUUUGGGAACAUAUGCACUGCUUUAGAACUUCUGACAUUCUUGGUGUCUGUCAUGAACAAACAACAAAUUCUUAAUGCAUUUAGACCCCUACAAAAGGGGCUCUUACAUUGCAUUAAUUCUACCAAUACCAGUGUGAUACGUCUGGUACAUGGUUUGCUUGUAAGACUAAUGAGUGUUUUCCCCACUGAACCAUCCAAGCAUGAGGAACUAGAUUAUCUCUACCAGAAUAUAGAGAGAGUUAUUUUUGAAGGUCUUGCCAUUUAUGAGAAGAAUGGUGAAGCUAGUCCCCUGUUUGGAACCUUAAUGAUACUUAAAGCAGCUUGCACCAACAACCCUGGUUAUAUUGACCGUCUUCUAGUCCCAUUUUUCAAAGUUCUUCAAAAAGUCCAGAGAGAACAUCUUCAUAAUCAACAGCAAACUAAUGCAAUGCUAAAUGAAUUAUUAAUUCUUUGCCUGGACCUGAUAAAAAAUCGUGUUCACAAAAUGAUGGAAAUGCGUAAGGUGUUUGUGAACACACUGCUUGUUGGCCUGAUUGACCGUACCAAUGACCCUAAGGUUAUGAAAGCAAUAUGUAAAAUGGUUGAAGAUUGGAUGAGGUGUGGUGGCAAGUCAACCCUUGAGGCUCCAAGUCCGAAAGAAACAUCUCUACUGCUCGUAAGAAUGAUGGCUCACGUUGAAAAACGAUUCCCAGAAGACAGAGAACUAAAUGCUCAGUUCUUAGAACUUGUUAUCCAAGUCUACAGGGAUGAAAACCUAAGACAUACCGAUCUUACAACUAAAUUGGAACCAGCUUUUCUAGCUGGAUUACGUUUCCCUGUACCAAGUGUUCGUGCAAAAUUUUUUGAAGUCUUUGACCAGUCAAUGCCAAAGUUUUUACAUGAGCGUCUACUCUAUAUUGUGUGCAGUCAAAAUUGGGAGCACAUGGGUCCUCAUUACUGGAUCAAACAAUGUAUUGAAUUGCUCACUACAACCGCUACAGCUAAUGUCAGAAUUCAACUAGCUAACAAAAACCACCUUUUACCAAGUCUUGCUGGAGCAGCAGCUUUAGUCUCAGCAAAUGCUUCUGGUAGCAUUAAUAUUGAUGGAGUUCCUCCUGUAGCAAUAAAGCAAGAACAGCCAGAUGUACCUGAAGUUGGAGUUGACCCCGCUGUGAGAGAUGAGGAGCUUGAUAUGGACAUGCCUAACAAUGAAAGAGAGAGAAGGGAUGAGGCCUGGUCAAGACAUGCAGCACUUGAAGUCUUAUUGCCUCAACAGAUGAAAUUCUUUGAGAAAGCUCGUGAGAUGACAACUGGCCAAUUUCUUUAUGCUGCUGCUCAGUUGUGUCACAUGGAUACUGCCCUAGCAGAAAGCAUGUGGUUAGAUGUCUUUCCAAGAUUAUGGUCCAUUUUAACAGACCAUCAGCGAGAGGCUCUAAGGACAGAAAUUGUACCAUUCUUGGCCAGUGGAGCGCAUGUUAUUCAGAAAGACUGUCAACCAUCGGCUCUGAAUACCUUCACCGAAGCCCUCGCAAGAUGUAAUCCUCCAUUGCAGAUCAAGCCAUCAGUCAUGUUGUACCUUGGCAAGUCUCAUAACCUAUGGCACCGUAUGGCUCUGUCAUUAGAGCAGAUGGCCAUAGAAGCAGGAGCUAGUUCACAGAACAAAGUAAAACGAGAUGCUGCUGAUUGUUAUGACUUUGAACCUGAGAACUCAGGUCAUAGGGAAAUAGUUGAUUCCUUGGCUAGUAUGUAUUCAUGUCUAUGCGAAGAAGAUAUGUGGGCAGGUUUGUGGCAAAAACAAGCCAAAUUUAGGGAAACUGCAACUGCCAUUGCCUAUGAGCAGCAAGGAUUCUUUGAACAAGCACUUGGUGCUUAUGAACUGGGUAUGAAUAAAAUUCGUUUGGAAUAUUGUUCUGCACCAAUCCCACCAAAUAUGAAUUCUGAAGUAAUGCUGUGGGACAAGCAUUGGACUAGAUGUGCCAAGGAACUUAAUCAGUGGGAAAUGUUACUGGAAGUAGGAACUUCCAAGAUCAAUCCUAAUCCAAUGCUUGUUUUGGAGAGUGCAUGGAGGGUGCCCAAAAUGACACUAAUGAAAGAAGCUCUCACACAAGUUGAACACAGUUGUCCAAAAGAGUACGCAUGGAAGGUUCACCUGUAUCGUGGUUUCAUUGCAAUCUUACAUCCAGAAGAAAAACGCUUGACUCAAGUGGAUCGUUGUGUAGAAGCAGCUACCACCUGUUGUAUGCGUGAAUGGCGCCGUUUGCCACGCAUUGUCUCUCAUAUUCAUCUCCCCCUUCUUCAAGCUGCUCAGCAAAUAAUGGAACUACAAGAAGCUGGUUCUAUUCAUCAAGGACUGAAUGCUGCUCGUGCUAAUUCAGUUCAUGAUAUGAAGGCCAUUGUGAAGACAUGGCGCAAUCGCUUGCCAGUUAUACAAGAUGACCUAAGUCACUGGUCAGAUAUACUUGUGUGGCGGCAACACCAUUAUUCUAUUAUAGCAAAUCAUUACGAUGCUCAGAAUGAGCAGACAACCAGCCACUCUAUGCUUGGAGUUCAUGCCUCGGCACAGGCAAUCAUUCAUUUUGGGAAAAUUGGACGGAAACACAAUCUGACAGGUGUUUGUUUGGAUUCACUGUCUAGAAUAUACACAAUUCCAAGUGUACCAAUUGUGGAUUGUUUCCAAAAGAUAAGACAACAGGUUAAAUGCUAUCUUCAGAUGGCAUCAGUGUCUGGGAAAACAGAACUUCAGGAAGGACUGGAAGUUAUUGAAUCUACUAAUCUGAAGUACUUUACCAAAGAAAUGACAGCCGAAUUCUACGCUUUGAAGGGCAUGCUCUUGGCACAAAUUGGACGAUCAGAGGAUGCAAACAAAGCAUUCUCAGCAGCAGUCCAGAUGCAUGAUACACUAGUGAAAGCUUGGGCUCUUUGGGGCGAUUAUUUAGAAGCUAUCUUCACACGUGAUCCCAAACACAUACACAUGGGUAUUUCAGCCAUAACUUGUUUCCUUCAUGCUUGCCGCCACCAAAAUGAAUCAAAGUCAAGAAAGUACCUAGCAAAGGUGUUAUGGCUUCUUACCUAUGAUGAUGAGCAGUAUACCUUGACUUCAGCUGUAGAUAAGUACUCUGUUGGUGUUCCACCUGUGCAAUGGUUACCGUGGAUUCCCCAACUUUUGACAUGUCUUGCUCGCAAUGAAGGAAAGCAAAUACUGAAUCUCCUUUGCCAGGUUGGACGAAUGUUUCCUCAAGCAAUUUACUUCCCCAUUAGAACUCUCUACCUGUCUCUUAAAAUAGAGCAACGUGAGCGUUACAAGGCUCAGGCGCAAGCCCAACAGGCAGACAAUUCAGCUGCUAGUGCCUCUGGAGCUACAGCAGCUGGAGCCGCUGCUUCAGCUACCUCUGCCGGUCAGACGGCUCAGGGCCCACCUGAGGCUGGGCCAAUUAGAGCUACACCAUCCAUGUGGAGAUGCUCUCGAAUAAUGCACAUGCAAAGGGAUAUACACCCUACAAUUUUAUCGUCCCUAGAGGGUGUUGUUGAUCAAAUGGUUUGGUUCAGAGAAAAUUGGUAUGAGGAAGUUCUUCGUCAACUCAAACAGGGGCUAGCCAAGUGCUAUACUAUUGCCUUUGAUGAACGAGCAAGAGUGAGCAACGCUGAUAUUACACCACACACAGCUAACUUUAUCCGAAAAAUUGUUUCAACUUUUGGAAUUGGAGUAGAGAAUAUCAACAGUUCAGUCUCUGCAGCAUUUAGUUCAGCAGCAUCAGAAAGCCUUGCCCGAAGGGCACAGCUUACUAUACAAGAUCCAGUUUUCCAACACAUGAAAAAGCAGUUCUCUGCUGACUUGGAUUUCUCUGUACCAGGGUCAAUGAAGUUACAUAACCUCAUUGCAAAACUGAAAAAGUGGAUCAAGCUGCUUGAGGCUAAAGUUAAAACCUUGCCUAAGUCGUUCCUCAUUGAAGAAAAAUGUAGAUUUUUGAGCAAUUUUAGUCUUCAGACUGCUGAAAUUGAGCUUCCUGGAGAAUUUCUGCUUCUCAAGCAUCCACACUACUAUGUUAGAAUCUCAAGAUUCAUGCCAAGAGUUGAAAUAGUUCAAAAACACAAUUCUGCUGCAAGACGCAUGUAUAUCCGAGGACACAAUGGCAAAAUCUAUCCGUACCUUGUUGUAAAUGACUCUGGACUUGGUGAUGCUCGAAGAGAAGAUAGAGUCCUUCAAGCCUUGCGAAUGCUUAAUCACUAUCUUGGAAAACAGAAGGAAACUGCCAGAAGAUUCCUUCAUUUUACUGUACCACGUGUUGUUGCUGUUUCUCCUCAAAUGAGGCUCGUUGAAGAUAAUCCCUCAUCUAUAUCACUCCUUGAUAUUUUGAAACAAGGUUGUCAAAGUCUUGGCAUUGAGCAUGAAACACCAAUUGCUCGAUAUUAUGAAAGGCUUGUUAGCAUACAGGCUCGUCAGGCACAAGUGAGUCAUGGAGUUUUACGUGAAGUCCUUAAGGAUGCUCAACUUGCUGUACCUCGUACACUUGUGAGGGACUGGGCAAGGAGAACAUUCCCUACUGCAACUGACUACUGGACAUUCCGAAAAAUGGUUGCCUUACAAUUAGCACUGAACUGUUUGGCAGAGUAUGUGUUGCAUUUAACUAGACUAAAUCCAGACAUGCUUUAUGUUCAUCAAGAUUCUGGUUUUAUUAAUGUAUCCUAUUUUAAAUUUGACCUCAAUGAUCAAGGUGAACUUGAUUCCAAUCGACCUGUACCUUUCCGCCUUACACCAAACUUGAUGGAGCUCUUGGGGCCAGUUUGUGUAGCAGGACCCUUAACAUCUAGUAUGAUAGCAGCAGCUCGUUGCCUAGCUCAACCAAGCUUUAAAGUACAAACUAUUUUACGCGCUGUUUUAAGAGACGAAAUGUUUGCUGGGCAUAAGAAGAAGGAGGAUCCUGGAGUUGGUGAUAUAGCCAAUGCUGCUGCAGCUCUUGCUCAAACACCUGCUGAUGUUGGUGGCGAGAUUGUCAUUUUGCUUGUGACUAGAGCUGUUGCAGCCAUCAGUCAGAGACUCAAUAACUUAGCAAACUUUGAUGGUGUAGAAAGCAAAGUGAGCACUCUCGUAGCAGCAGCUAAUAGUCAUGACAACUUAUGCAGAAUGGAUCCUGCAUGGCACCCUUGGCUUUAGAGAAAUCGACCAUUAACUGAAUACUGGUCGCCUUGUGAUAUGAAUUAUUUUGUAAUGAAGAGUGAGAAGACAUAGUCAUUGUGGAUCUGUACAUAUUUGUAAUUAUGUAGAUAUAUUUUUUCUUAAACAGUAUGUUGUCAAAGGCAGUAUUAAUGUAGGAAUUAUUAUUUUUGUAGACAGAAUUGGCAUGCUUUUCAUUAAUUGACCAAUAUUUUAUGAACUCUUUACAAAUGACUGAAAAUGAAUUGCCUAAAUAAUAAGGUAUUUUCCAGACGUAAUUUUAAAUAAUAAUUCUGUAUGUGUAUGUAUGUUUUAGAAGUUGUGUUAUUACAAUCAGUACCUUAAUUAUUGGAACAUGUGUAAAUAAGUUUAAUCAAUCAUCUAUGUAAAUCCUGAGAUAACUUAAAAAAACAAACUGCAAUUCAA